GAAAUAUGGCUUCGUGGGAAGAGAAAGACCUGAUCGUCCCCUAGCCUGACACCCGUGAAGGGUCUGCGCUGAGGAAGACUAGUGUUAAGAGGGAGGAAGGCCUCUUGGCCCUUGUUGGCGCUUGAGAUAGAGAAAAGCAUCUGUCUCCUGCCCAUCCCUGGGCAAUGGAACAUCUCGGUGUAAAACCCGAUUGUAUGCUCUGUUUACUGAGAAAGGCGAAAACGGCCUUAGGGCGAAAGGGGGGCCUUGCUAGCGCAAUGCUGCUCUUUAUGCACUAAAAAGGUUUAUGGAGAUAUUUACAUAUGCAUAUCAAGGCACAGAACUUUUCCUUAAACUUUUGUCACUGAGAUCUUUAUUCACACGUCUUACUGCUGACCUUCUCCCUACAAUAAUCCUAUUAUCCUGCUACAUCCCUUUUUCUAAGAUGGUAAAGAUAAUAAUCAAUAAAUACUGAGGGAACUCAGAGACCAGUGCCACCGCGGGUCCUCUGUAUGCUGAGUGCCAGUCCCCUGGGCUGGCUUCAUCUCUUCUCUAUACUUCAUCUAUACUUCUCUAUACUUCUCUAUACUUCAUCUCUGUGUCUCAUUUCUUUUCUCAAGUCUCUCGUUCCACCUAACGAGAAACGCCCACAGGUGUGGAGGGGUAGGCCACCCCUUCAGAAGCUCCUGUGCCCAGCAGAACCAGAGGUCCCAAAACAAGAGCUCCAACAGGGGCUCAACCAGCACAGGUCCCAUAGGGCAGCCUCGAUGUCAGGCUAUGGAUGGCAUGUGAGGCUACAGUGAUACAACUGCAACAUGAAACUGUAAGUCCCUGCUCCCCUUCCAUUGAUCCUCCCGCCCUGCUGCUCCUUCUUCUGCUCCAAAGCCCAUGUGCAGUGCUCAGCCCCAGACAUCACUACCCCCAGGGCAUACACAGUGCCGCCUAGAAACACAAACUCACAGAAGGUGACAAAAAUCUGCCUUUGGGACAUCCGAUUGUGAAAACGGGAGAACAGUGAACGUAGAGUCACAGAGACUGGGACUCACGGGGCUGGAACGUGAUGGAGCUGUAAAAUAACAUAUGGGUGACCUCAUGUGAAAUGUGCAGAUCCUUCUGGAAUAAAACACGCAGCCUGGCCUGGGACUUCGGCCACCCAUACUUCCCUUCCAGUCCACCAGGGGGCGGCAGAGGCACUCCCAGCCUGGAGCCUUCCCAGGGGAUGCCGACCUCCCUCAGCAGAACCCAAAGCGGAGAAGGGUCCACCCUCACCAGGGUCACCAAGGCCCAAGUCCUCAGGGCCCUCCACGCUCCCAACACGGACUCUGUCAGCUCCUCCCUGACCUGGCGGCCGCCAACCUGACACCACUCCCUCUGCCAGCGGCUCCUGCCCCACACACCUGCUCCUUCCCUGGGAUCAGCUAAAAAGACAUCUCCCAGGGCAGCGAUGGUGCACGUGACGCCACAUUGGGGGCUUUCCCCUCAUUACCUCCCUCCAUCCUCAUCAACUCUUUCUGUCACUGCUCCCUAAAUGCCCGCCCGUGCUCCAACUGUCCUGUUCUCUGAGGCAUCCCAGGCCAAGCCUAGCGCUGCUACAGAACAGCGGCUGCCUGAGGACCCACAGCCUCCCUGGGAAUCAAUCAGGCACCCUGUGACCUGUCUGCCCGCUGCCCCCCGGGGGGCUCAGAGCGCGUGUGAUGGUCACGCACAGGCGCCAUCCAGGAUGUGGCCACCUACCCCCGGCUGUCCCUUGGGAAGACAGACCUCUCCUGUGUCCCUGCUGGGAGAAGGAGGUAUUAUUGCUCUUUGCUCCCAGUACACAACUCACACCCAGCCACCCUCUCAGGGGUGAGCAACGUCCCUCCAAACAGGAUCUCUGGCGACUGCCUGUUCCUUCUCUACAGAGAGCAGCUUGGCUAUGUCAAAACCCUCAGGACAGACUCCUGGGUAUGUCAGCACAUGGAGGGCUGAGCCCAUCAUGACCACGGAGUAAGUUGGGAGGAAUCUCUCCAGCUCUGAACCCCUGCUCUGUCCCAGGCUCCCCUUCCUGCGUCUCAACGAGCCAUGUUCCACGGGGUUCCUGGGUAACUCCCUACUUCCUCCUGCACCACCAUGGGGAAGGUGUGGUAAUUACAGGACACUCAGAUGGGCAGAGACGAGAGGACACCAAAAAUGGUCAGGAAGAAAGAAGAAACCCUGAGCCCCAGCUCAGCCACCAGACCCCAGGGAGCAAUAGAGUGACUAAGAACUGUCCUUUGACUAUGGAACUCACAGCCCCCACUGAGCAACCAGCACAGGCCUCUCCUCCCAAGAGACAUGAAAGAUUCACCCUGCACACCUCCAGGAAGGACACUUUCCUCUGGGACACCCAGGUCCUGAAUAUCCAUCCUUGGAAGCUGCAGCCAAGCUAGACACAAUUAGAGAAAGGAAGGGUCCCUGUCAACAGGCAACACACAACUCACCCACAGCACAAUGGGGUGUCCCUGUGACAGGGACCUGGUGCAGCUCCAGCCUCCUGCACUGAAGGGGAGAGCCAGAUGGGGAGGAAAGAAGGCAAAGGGUGUGAAUGUGCACCCGACCCAGACCCAUGGGGACAGCAGGAGGCUGAGGCCCAGGACUGUGCUUGCCCAACCUACAGGGUAUGUGUGUGACUGUGUGUGUCUCUUUUGUGUGUGUGUUUGUGUUUCUGUACAUAGUGUGUGUUGACGUUUGGUGACAGAAUCACUGCUGAAACAGACAGAGGCCUCCACAAUUCCCAGGGACCUGACACACAGACAAAAGGGAAAAGAGAAGGAGGGACAAGGAGGCAGGACUGAGAGGGGAAGGGACAGAGAAGUGUCCUGGGCACAGACCCCGCCCAUGAUCCUGAGAAGUGCUCCUGACCCGGGAAGAGGCUCAGCACAGAAGGAGGAAGGACAGCACAGCUGACAGCCGUGCUCAGAAAGUUUCUGGAUCCCAGGCUCAUCUCCAGAGAGAACAAGCAGGCAGCACAGGCCAUGGGGCCCCUCUCAGCGCCUCCCUGCACACUGCACAUCACCUGGAAGAAGCUUCUACUCACAGCAUCACUUUUAAUCUUCUGGAACCCACCCACCACUGCUCAAGUCAGAAUUGAAGCACAGCCAACCAAAGUUUCCGAGGGGAACGAUGUUCUUCUACUUGUCCACAAUUUGCCCCAGAAUCUUACUGGCUACAUCUGGUACAAAGGGCAAAAAACGGACCUCCACCUUUACGUUACAUCAUAUGUAAAAGACACUGAAACAGUUAUAGCUGGGCCUGCAUACAGUGGACGAGAAACAGUAUAUUCCAAUGCAUCCCUGCUGAUCCAGAAUGUCACCCAGAAGGACACAGGAUCCUACACCAUACAAAUCACAAAGCGAGGUGAUAGGACUGAAGGAGAAACUGGACAUUUCACCUUAUAUCUGGAGACUCCCAAGCCCUACAUCUCCAGCAGCAACUUAAGCCCCAGGGAGGCCGUGGAGACUGUCAUCUUAUCCUGUGAUCCUCACACUCGGGACGUAAGCUACCUGUGGUGGAUAAAUGGUCAGAGCCUCCCUAUCAGUCACAAGUUGCAGCUGUCCAAAAACAACAGGACCCUCAUUAUAUUUGGUGUUACAAACGAUACUGCAGGACCCUAUGAAUGUGAAAUGAAGAACCCAGUGAGUUCCAGCCGCAGUGACCCAGUCACCCUGAAUCUCCUCCCGGAGCUGCCCAAGCCCUACAUCACCAGCAACAACUUCAACCCCAUGGAGAAUAAGAAUGUUGUAGUCUUAACCUGUGAACCUAAGACUCAGAACUAUACCUAUGUGUGGUGGGUAAAUGAUCAGAGCCUCCCGGUCAGUUCCAGGCUAAAGCAACCCGGUGAAAACAGGAUCCUCAUUCUAGCCAAUGUCACAAGAAAUGACACAGGACCCUAUGAAUGUGAAAUACGGGACCGAUUUGGUAGCAUCUUCAGUGACCCAGUCACCCUGGAUGUUCUCUAUGGUCCAGACGUCCCCAGGAUUUUCCCUUCGUGCACCUAUUACCAUUCAGGAGAAAACCUCACCUUGUACUGCUUCGCGGACUCUAACCCACCGGCAGAGUAUUCUUGGACGAUUGAUGGGAAGCUUCAGCAAUCAGGACAUAAGCUCUCUAUCCUCCAAAUUACUACAGAGCAUAGCGGGCUCUAUGGUUGCUCUGCUCGUAACUCAGCCACUGGCAGGGAAAUUUCCACAUUCAAGAAAAUCAAAGUCUCUGAGACAGGGUCUCCCCAGGUUACCUAUGCUGGUCCAAACACCAGGCCUCAAGAAAUCCUCCCAUUGUCACCUCCCAAAGUGCUAGGAUUAAAGCAUGAUGCACCAUGGUCAGACUGCAUUUUCAUGUCUGAUUUUAGUAAUUUUAAUCUUCUCUCUUUUUUUCUUAGUCAGUCUAGUUAAUGGUCAUCAGUUUUGUUGAUUUCAUUUUGAAGAAUCAACUUUUGGUUUCAUUAAUUUCCUCUAUUCUUUUUCCAUUCUCCAUUUUAUUUUUGUCCACUCUAAUCCUUAUUGUUUCCUUCAUUCACUGUGCUUGGGUUUAGUUUGUUUUUCUUUCAUAUCCUGAAGUAUUAAUGUAGGUUGUUGAUCUGAUAUCUUUCUUCUUUUUUAAUGUAAGAGUUUACAGUUAUAAAUUUCUUGCACAAGACUCUUAACUUCUCUGAAUCUCUGAUUCCUCACCUGAAAAUUGCAAUGAGAGAGCUUGCUUCAUACCAUUCUUUUAAAGGUUUAAGGCAGUCAGUGAAACAAGAUGACACACACAGACAAACCAAUGUCAGCUGCUAUAUUACUUCCAUCAUCAUUAGCCUUGAGGUCAAAUAGUCCUAGAAUCAAAUGUCAGAUCCACCUAUUACUAGCCAUAUGACACCAGGAAAGUUUUCACACUACUCUAAGCUUCUGUCUUUUCAUUGGCAAAAUGGAAAUAAUGUCUACCUAACAGGAUUAUUGUGUGAAUUAAAUGAGGUACAAGUAAAGUAUUUAGCACACGGCCUGGCACACAGGACAUGCCCCUCAACAGUACCUAACUGUUUCCAUAUAUAUAUAGAAAAAGAGGUAACGCAUAAAACACUAGGACAUGGUGACUGACUGCUUGUGGGAAAGAAAGGAAAAAAGCUAAGUGCAAAGAAUCAAGCCUGGUAUGUUAGUUUUUACCAACUGACAUGAAUUCAGGAUGGGAUUAGACAUACAAGAUAAUUUAUCAGGGAAGGCACUUGUGAGGGAAUGUGGGGCAGGCAGGAAGGUAGUAUGGGAGAACCCACAGACAGCUAUGCAAAGCUGACUCCUCUUAAAAAGAAACAGAAAGAAAUUUUAGGUUACAAUGUAGUUCUAAGAGACUUUUUGCAAGACUGAUAGGGAGUCCUCCAACCAGCCACUCAUUAGAGUUAAAGAGAGCCUCAGAGAACUAGGCUUGCUUUCACACUCUUGCUGGAAGCCUGUGGGAAGGAAGAUUUCUGUACAAAGGAGGUGGUGAAUUUGAAAUGCACUGACCUGGGCCUUCUGUCAAUCAGGUCCCUUUCAUCCAUAUAGAUAUAAAACUCUUAGUUCCAAUGAAUGAGACCUGACAGGGUCUCAUUCAUGGCUGCCACAACAGAGACAUUGAGAAAAAGAUGCAACCAUGAAAAGGUGGAAAGGCAGAAAGUUCUAACGACAUAGAAAGUAGCAAUCAGCCUUUCUCACAUCUGAAAGUUUUCUGAACUAUCUGAGUGCAGUAGAGAAUUGGCAGAGGACUGAUCACCAACCUAGAAACAUGGUGAGCGGCGGGAAAAAACUGCAAGAAUAUAAUCAUCUCCCAUCAACUUUCCAACAGAAAUGAUGUAUUCCUUUAAGAAACAAUUAUAGAGUACCUCAUGUUACAUCCUUGUUCCUGAGGCUCCCCCCUGUAAAAUAACAUCACCUCCAUUCCAUCUUCUCUUUUCUUUCCAUGACAGCUCCUUCAGGAAUAGGACAUCUAUCCUGGGCUUAAUCCGAUAUAGCAGCCAUGACGUCAUUUCUGUAUUUCAGGAAGACUGGUAGGUAUGAUGGCCUUUCUCUUGUCCUUUUUUGUGCAGGGUCGACUGCCUGCUCCCUGUACCCCACUGUCUUUCAGACAUAGUUAUCUCCAGCCUCUGCUCGUUUGUUUCUCAGAUUCAAAUGAGAAACACAGUAUCACAUUGUGAAACCCUCUUCAUUAUUUUUCACAUCUCUCAAUAGUGUAAUUCUCUCCAUUCCCACAAAGCUCAACCACUUCUCAAAGUGUUGCUUGACUUCUUGUCUCCAGACUUUGAAACGUUCCUUGCAAAUGACUGCCUCAUUACCUUUCUAAAAUCUAGUUAAUUCACUUAAUCAAGAAUCUCCAGGAGUCUACUCUAGCCUAUUUGGUAAGUUCACAUUUCUUCUAUUUACUAAUCCUUCUCACUUCCUUUACCUCUACUUCCUAGUAUAAUUCCUCCAUCCUAAUUAGAACUGUCUUCCUACACCACCCUACCCUUUCACCCAUUUAGAUAUAAAACUCUUAGUUCCAAUGCUAUGCCUAAAAACAGGGUGAACUCCUCUCCACCAUCUGCACUACAGACUUAACCACACCCUUCAUCACAAGCAAUCUCUGACCUCGUGGAGAACAAAGAAAUUAGGAUUAACCUGUGAACCCGAGACUCACAGCACAACCUAUGUAUGGUUGAGACCUUUUCCUGAUGACCAGUUCAUGUGUUCCAAAAAGAUACAGAAAUGAAGAAGGCAAGGUCCCUACCCCAGGGGACAUAAAGCCUAGGACAGGAAAUGAGACCUGAAAAUAAUCAUGAUACCAAAAUAGAAAAAAGUGAAGGCCACAAGAAAUCAGAGAAAUAUGAUGGGAAAUAAAACCACACAUUGGAAUCACUGGAAAACAUUUUAAAAGUGGAUACUCAACCCCCACCCAUGAGUUCCAGUUUCAAGGUCUAGAGAGGGACCCAGGCAUUGGUAAUUUUUAAGUCUUCCCUGACACUACAAACAUGCAACGAGGAUGGAGAACUCUUGUUGUAAUAGGUAGAACUUAAAGCUAAAUCAAUGAUUUUCAGCUAGAAGUACUGGAAUUACCUAAGGACCUUUUCCAACAUACAUACGACUAUACUUUUUUGGCCCUAAGUAUUAAUGGGCUACACCAAGAACUCAGUAAUCCAGUUGGGAAACAGAAGCUAAAUGGAAAAGCCACCUUAUUUGAUAUGUUAAAAUAUAUAUAAAGCAUUUUCAAAUGAGUGAUAAAUGAUGCUAAACUUCUCUAAAUAAUAUUUAUGGGAAUGUUAAUACUACGAGUAUUCUACGCUGGGCGAGGUGGCUCACACCUGUAAUCCCAGCACUUUGGGAGGCCAAGGCAGGUAGAUCAUGAAGUCAGGAGA